GAUACGGGCAGCGCAAUCAUGGGUUCUCUACACAAAAUCAUUCUUCUUUUCACAUUGCUGAGGGUGUAUAGCUGCAUCGCAGGAGAGCUGCUAGUGUUCCCAGAGGGAGAGGUACACAGUAUUCUCUGUACAGCACCUGAUGAAGACCACUUUGAGAUCAACUGGGAACUGCUGAUGGAGGAGUUUUUGAAAAUGAAGGCACAUUUACUGUGGGAGAUGAAGAGCCAGUUACCAAUGGGACAAAGGGAAGAAGAUUAAUGUUCACUGCAUCACCAGAAGUUAAUGGAACAAUUCUGAGAUGCGUUGUCGUCAACUUUGAUCUACCUAGUGACUCCCCUGAACCACUGGAGUUCACCAUCAUCAUCCAAGACAUCUCCCACUAUCUAGUGACCAUUAUCAACAUGGAGGACCAUCACUCUGUGCUCACUGUCAACACAACAGACACUGAGUACCUCCUCCAGUCACAAGACUGCCAGCUAUCUGACUACCAAGUGGAGAUAGCAGCAGUCAAUGUUGUUGGUGUGGGAGACAAAUAUACCAGUCCUCCACUGACUCUGGAUGUGGUGACAGUGUCUAACACUGCCACAGUCAUUAUAGAUGGAAACACUCCUGAAAUAUCCUUCCAGUUGCAGUUUAGAGGAAACUGUAACAAGGAGACAAGCUUUGACUUCGAUCUCAUGCCAACCUUUACCCAACAACUGAUCAGCAUUUCAGUUACAAGUCAACAGUUCCAGCCGACUUUGACUCUCCAGUCAGGCGAUAUUCAAUUGAAUGAACUGUAUGAUGUCACUCUGACAGUGGAUGGAACCUCCACAUUUAAGCUGAGCUUGAGUACAUUUGACGUCCAGAAUGUGGAAGUCAGACUGACAAACACUGAAUACGAGAUAACAUGCUACUUUGCUAGUGGGUCAGAGGCCAGAGGUUGUAGGAUAGUCCUGACCAACAAUCAGGGGGAGGAAGGGAAGAAUGCAAUGCACAAAGACUGGAGGGGGUUACCUGAGCUAACUCUCAUUUCUUUUGCACCAUCUUCAGAACUAGUAGUUGCACUGGUGGUUGGGACAUUGAGUAUGGUGGCUCUCAUUGCAGUAACUUCACUUGUGGUGUUGAUCUUUACAAGAAAAUGCAUAGGUAGGAAAACAGCUGCUGAAAGUGUAUCAGCAAGAGGCGUGAGGAAUAACCAAUUCACUAUGGACAAUAACCCAGUGUAUGUGGUUCACAAACACCCCCAGUCUGGGUCUCUCACAGAACAACAACAACAACAACAACAACAGCAGCAGCAGGAGUCAGAGUUUGAUAUGGACCACAACCCUCUGUACAUGCUCCAUACCAGGCCUCAGCACAAGAACAAUCCCAGUGGAGACCAUGAAUAUGAAACUGUUGAGCCAUUACUUGACAUCUGUUUAGAACUCCUUUUCUCCCAAACUUUUAAUAAAAACUUUGGCAUUCCUUUCACUAUUUUUUCUGUCUUUAGAGGUGUGAGGAAUAACCAAUUCACUAUGGACCAUAACCCAGUGUAUAUGGUCCACAAACACCCCCAGUCUGUGUCUCUCACAGAACAACAACAACAGCAGCAGGAGUCAGAGUUUGAUAUGGACCACAACCCUCUGUACAUGCUCCAUACCAGGCCUCAGCACAAGAACAAUCCCAGUGGAGACCAUGAAUAUGAAACUGUUCAGCCAUUACCUUGA